UGUUUUUUCUGCCGGGGAUUUCCAGCACUCGGGAGGAAGUUCGAACAGGCAGGGGCUUUCCACACAGAUAUGUACUGGAUACACGGCAGCUCAGACAAUACAGUAUGGGGGAUUUUUUGUCUUUAUGCAAUCUUUCAAAUACCGACCAUAUACGCAUUUAGCAAUGGCACCGAUGAACCAGUCUGGUGGAAGUAUUCGUUUUAAAAUACAAUACUGAGAAUCCCUUUGAACUGAACGUUUUUUUGGAACGCUGUCUGUGGCUGUUUUUUCUCCAUCUAACAUAAAAGCAGUCCUCAACAUAGGGAGAUUGAACGUCGUAAACGGAUUGCUAUAUCAGAAUUGGCUGCUGCAGGCUGUACCUGACGAGGGAACCCUUCACUUGCUGUCUGCUGAAUAUCUCCAGCGUGUCUGAGGGGGAACCCCGCCAGCUUCAACCUUUAAAGUUCACACUUUACCAAUGCGCUUGCACUUGGCCUGACACCCCUACAGAUUACCUAACUGACUAGCAAGUCCCCAUGCAGUUGGGUUCUUACUCGGUUUGAUAGGUCAUGUCAGCUGGUAGGAAUGUGGACUUGCCUCUGGAACUGCAGACCCAGCUGCAGCGGUUCAACCCGGUCCGCCCCUCCCCUGCGUCGCGGCCGGGCUCCAUGCGCUCGGAGCUGAGCCCCUCCCCCUCCUCCUCCUUCAUGCCACUCCACAGGGGGUUCAAGGACCGCUUCGUCCAGCCGCUGGAGCCCAAGUACUGCUGUGAGUCGUGCCGCCUGGCCCUGUGCAACCCCCGGCAGACUGAGUGCGGGCACCGCUUCUGUGAGAGCUGCAUCCGGGACCUGCUCUGCCUCCAACCCCCAGUCUGUCCAGCUGACGGAGAGCCUCUCUAUGAGGACAAAGUUUUUACCGAUGUGUGCUGCAGGAGAGAGAUCAUGGGGCUCAAAGUGUACUGUCGGAAUGAAAAGAACGGCUGCAAAGACCAGAUGACACUCCAGCUUCUUCUAGAACAUUUACAAGACUGCCUGUAUUGCGAGAUCACAUGUCCACGGGCGGAAUGUAAAGACACAUUUCUACGAAAAGACGUGUCUGACCACUUAGCAAAAAAAUGCAAAUACAGAGACACAAUAUGCACUUACUGCAAGAGGACGGUGCUGCUAGCAGAUCAGAAGAAACAUGAAGAAUCGCUCUGUCCAGCCUUUCCUGUUACCUGCCCAAACAAAUGUAGCUACAGCUCUGUUUUACGAAGUCAGCUAACUAACCACCAGCAUGAAUGCCCUAACGCCCAAGCAAACUGUAUAUUCACUCGCUAUGGAUGCACCUUUAAGGGAUUAAACCAAGACAUGAAAGAGCAUGAGUCAAGCUUCAUGAGCGAGCAUCUCAAACUGAUGGUGGCAAGAAACUGCAGUCUAGAGACCAAGAUGGAGGAUGUGAAGACUGAACUGCAGGAAAGGUACAAAGUCCUUCCCAGUCUGAACACUCGAAUCAUUGAGCUGGAAAACCGAUACGAGGAAGUGCGGGACAAAUCAAAGCAAAUGGAACAGAAGAUCAGUAACGUACAGAAGCUGCUGGGAUCUCACUCUGAGAAGGUGAUGGAGAUGGAGAUGGAGCUGCGCUUGCUCAGGCAGGCGAAGGAUGAGGUGGAGACUCUGAAGAGCGCAGUGGAGUUGAUCCGCAGCCGCGUGGCUGUGCUGGAGGGGAGUGGGAGGGGAGGAGGAGGAGGAGGAGGAGGAGGAGGAGGUGGCGGUGGAGGAGCCGGGACCCACGCACUGGGCCCUCUGGAGACACAGCUGGCGAGGCACGACGACAUGCUGAGCGUUCACGAGAUCCGUCUGGCUGACAUGGACCUGCGCUUCCAGGUGCUGGAGACGGCGAGCUACAGCGGGACGCUGGUCUGGAAGAUCAGGGACUACAAGAGGAGGAAGCAGGAGGCGGUGAUGGGGAAGACCCUGUCGCUGUACAGCCAACCCUUCUACACCGGAUACUUCGGCUACAGGAUGUGCGCCCGGGUCUACCUCAACGGGGACGGGAUGGGUAAAGGCACCCACCUGUCCUUGUUCUUCGUGGUGAUGCGCGGGGAGUACGAUGCCUUGCUGCCCUGGCCAUUCAAACAGAAAGUCACCCUCAUGCUGAUGGACCAGGGGCCCGCCAGGAAACAUUUAGGGGAUGCCUUCAAGCCCGACCCCAACAGCAGCAGCUUUAAGCGGCCGGCAGGGGACAUGAACAUCGCUUCUGGCUGCCCGCUUUUUGUUGCCCAAACUGUGUUAGAAAACGGGACGUAUAUCAAAGACGACACCAUAUUUAUUAAAGUGGUGGUUGAUGCUUCAGACCUGCCAGAUCCAUGAUGUGUUGUGAAGCAGGAGAUGUGAAAGCUGCCGUGCAGGGAGGGUGUGCAGGCUUGUGGCCUCUGGGCAUCCUGGACGUCCCAGAGGAAUGGGGCAGGAAUCCGCAAUCAGGAUCGUUAGUGUGGGGCGCUAGAUUGCUGUGAAGGCUUUAGAUAUGGGACUUCUUGGUUGGGGGAAUACAGAAGAGCAAGCUGCUUGUCAUCCACAGCAAAGCUGAUGUUUUGAGAGAAGCUGCAAUCGUGUUGUUGAGGAGACUGUACCUCCUGUGCAGGACUCCCAGACACAGUGCUAGGGGAGCAGGGGAGCGAGCCAGCCCUCCGGGCCACACACAGUGCUGGGGGAGCAGGGGAGUGAGCCAGCCCUCCGGGUCACACACAGUGCUGGGGGAGCAGGGGAGCGAGCCAGCCCUCCGGGUCACACACAGUGCUGGGGGAGCAGGGGAGUGAGCCAGCCCUCCGGGUCACACACAGUGCUGGGGGAGCAGGGGAGUGAGCCAGCCCUCCGGGUCACACACAGUGCUGGGGGAGCAGGGGAGCGAGCCAGCCCUCCGGGUCACACACAGUGCUGGGGGAGCAGGGGAGCGAGCCAGCCCUCCGGGUCACACACAGUGCUGGGGGAGCAGGGGAGUGAGCCAGCCCUCCGGGUCACUCACAGUGAGUUGAAGGGAAGGUGCUCACCACAAUGCAUCUACAGGUACAGCUGCAGUAGUUUUGCUCUUCUAAGACUGUGAUGCUAGAUAACACUGAAACACGCAGCGCACGUGCCAUUUUAACUGUUCAAGGGCAGGCCUUUGAACUGGUUUGUAUUGCUGUAUAUCUUCAUUAAGAAUCCGACUUCUUUUUUUUUUUUUUUUAUAUGAAAGUCAAAACCUUCAGCUCCAGGUAGUUUAAGCUCCAGUCUGACAGGGUUGUAAGCAGGCUGGGUUUUUGUUAUUAUGGGGCUUAUUAUUAUUAUUAUAUUUUUUUUUUUUACUGUAAAACAUCAUUAUUUUAAUUGUAUUUGCAAAUUAUAAGUUAUUGUUUAAGACUGAAAUCUGGGGGGUUUCUGGUCCCCAGAAAUUGAACCCCUGGCCUAGCGAUGCCAAAGACCAAGCCCUUCCUUAUUUUCUUAUUGGUCCUUAAAGAGUACGUCUGGGGUUCCGAAGAAAUCCAGCGUUCUGCGUCCCCAUGUGUUGCUACAACUGUUUAAAUCACCUGGCUGAGGGCUGCUGUUUGUUGUGAGAGUUUGAAGGUGAAACCCUUCAUGAACCCUAAUUUCUACAGUGGACUUUUGUGAAUGGGUUUGACAGAGUAUCGAUAGUAUUGCAGCAAUAGGGGCAGCAUUUCCAGAGUUCAGUGAAGACCUUCUUGAGAAAUUCAAGCAGGAGUUGAAGUGUUUCAUUGUGAUUUGUGUGACAGUUUUGAUCACUGUAUUUAUCAACACUAUGGAUGCCAUGCAUCAUUUACUUUCUUUUUUGCAUUUUGCAAGGAUUGAAAUAAAAUCAUUUUUCCAAAUUGA